AUGUCUAACAAGAAUCAUAUAAUUUUUUCAAAGUGGCUAGGAAAUGAGUUAGUUGAUUACUCCCUCAAGAGCAUCAACAAAAUUGACGAAAAGAGUUGGUAUUGUGAUGAUCAUCUUAAACUGCUUUUAAAUACCCACAUCAGUUCAUUCACAACAAAUGCUCAUUUGGUAUCAGAUGAAUCUGAUGGUAAAGAAUUAAUGACCAGUGAAAGUUUUUUAACAGUUGUUCUUCCACCAUUACCGUCCUCUUCUCCAGUCACUUUGUCACCCCCUUAUGGUAUGAUUUGUAAAUUAACAAAUUUAGGAAAUAUGCAAAUCCUCCUACCUAUAAAUCUAAAUAUGAUUCAUUGGGUAAUGGGAAAAGUUGAAAUAUCAUUAUUUGGUGGUGAAUUCCAAUCUACAGUUUCCAUAGUUGAUAGUAUGUCUCAAGUUUCAAAAAUUUCAGAAAAACAAGAAAACAUUAUUCAAGAUAUGGUGAUGAAUAUAAAAGCAUCAACUUUGAGGAACGGAACUAUGGAUCUCAUGAGAAUUUACAAUACAAAAUACAUUUGUCUCGCCAAACAACACGAUGGCUUUAGCUGUGGGGCAUUCACCAUAAAUCACAUAAAACAACUAAUAGAAAGCAAAGGAAAUAUUGAAGACCUAAUUCAACUAUCUAGAACGCAAGAAACCCAAGGAUUAUUUACAAAAUGGAGGUUAAUGUUAAAGGAACAUGUCCAAGAGGAGCUCAAAAAACUGGGAAUUCAGAGAUUAUCGGUUGAAGAACAUAAGCCAAAAGAUAAGUCAAAAGAUGAAGAAGAUGAAGAAGAUGAUGAUUUUGAGGAGAUAGAUGCAUCAGUUUUUCUAUCCAGCAAUACAAAUAAUAUCAUAAAAACAAAACAGUCAAAACUAGAUGCAAUAAAAGAAAUAUUUCUUGAAAUGUUCUUCAAAAAUCAACAUAAAAAAGGAAGAAACAAAAUUACAGUUUUUGAAAGAAACUUUCUUAAUAAAGUUUUUGAUCAAGAGCUACAAGUAACUGAUGAUAACAUAAAAACACUAUUGAGAACAACCAGAGUUAAUUAUAGGGAAGAAAGAAUAAAAUCCACUCCAACUGUGAUACAUGACAUAAAUCAAAUAAAUAGACGUUAUGACAAUACCAUAAAAAAGCUUGUCAAAUCGGGACUAGAAAAGAAAAAACAAGCACCAGAAACAAAACCAAACAUAACCUUCCAUGAUAAAAUAAUCGCACCUCCAGAUGAGAUUGUUUCUAUUAUUUUGCAAAAAAUUGAAAAUACAAAGAAUGUGAAAAGGGAAAAUAUUUACAAAUUAUUGAAAGAAGAAUACCGUAAUAUCAGCCGCAAGCAUGUCUCAUUUGUUAUGGAUAGAAUUGAUAUAUAA